GCUAUAAAGAGCUUGAGCGCUUGAUAGAGAGUGUCUGUUUGUGACCUUCAGAGAGAAAGAUAGAGAUUUUCAUGGCAGGAUCUGCGCUCAAUCUGAAAGCCACUUCAUUCUUUCUCUCAAAACCUGCUGACCCACGUCGUCACUCCCUCUUCUUACCUCGAAUCUCUAUUUCUACCAACAAAUCUUCCAAGCCGGUAAUGGCCACUCUCAAUGCUGCACCAACUGUCCGUUCCCUCUCCGGUACUUUCGACCGGUUGAGAUCACAGGGAAAAGUGGCAUUUAUUCCAUAUAUUACUGCUGGUGAUCCUGAUCUUUCGACAACAGCAGAAGCACUUAAAAUCCUUGAUUCUUGUGGGUCAGAUAUAAUUGAAUUGGGUGUUCCAUACUCUGACCCUUUGGCAGAUGGUCCGGUUAUACAGGCUGCUGCUACUCGUGCAUUGGCAAGAGGGACAAAUUUCAAUUCAAUAAUUUCAAUGCUGAAAGAGGUCGUGCCACAAUUAUCAUGCCCAGUUGCAUUGUUUACGUAUUACAACCCCAUACUUAAGCGUGGUAUUGGGAAAUUCAUGGAAACUGUUAAAGACGUUGGUGUACAUGGACUUGUGGUCCCUGAUGUUCCUUUGGAGGAGGCAAGUCUCUUGAGACAGGAGGCUGUUAAGAAUAAUAUUGAACUGGUCCUUUUGACAACACCUACUACACCUACUGAGAGAAUGAAAGCCAUUGUUGAAGCUUCAGAAGGAUUUGUGUAUCUGGUGAGUGCAGUUGGAGUGACGGGAGCUCGCGCAUCUGUUAGUUCACAAGUUCAAAACCUCCUUCAAGACAUUAAAAAGGCAACAAAAAAGCCGGUGGCUGUUGGGUUUGGGAUAUCGAACCCAGAGCAUGUGAAGCAGAUGGCUGAGUGGGGAGCUGAUGGUGUGAUCGUGGGGAGUGCAAUGGUGAAGAUUCUUGGUGAAGCAAAAUCCCCACAAGAUGGAUUAAAAGCAUUAGAAGAAUUCACCAAAUCACUCAAAGCUCCACUUCUUUGAUCUAUUAUUAUGCUUUUCUUUCACUCUGCAAUAUCUAUAUCUGUUUUAAGAGGGAUCUGGAGUUCUAUUUGUUAAAAAAAAGAAGAAAUAAUUCAAUUAGAGGUGAAUUGUAUAAUCAGAUAUAAAGUCUCUAUACUAUAGAGUACAAAUUGAUAUUAGUCAAUUGAUCACCCCUAGUUUGUACUUCCAAAUUUAUUAAUGUUGUAAUGAACACAUUUUUUUUUCUUCAAAUAUAAACAGUUUGAAACUAUUGAUGUA